AUGGUGCAGAUUCUCCUCCUCGCGCUUGCUGUAGGAUUCGCUUGUGCUGACCCAACUGAUCCAGCAACGAUCAACGGAAACUGGCGCACGAUUGCUGUGUCGGCUGGCAACCUGGAGAAGGUUGAAGACAACGGGCCCCUGAGAAUGCUUUUCCGUCACAUGCAGUGCCUGGAGGACUGCAGUAAGAUCGCUUUGAGAGUUUAUGUCAAGACGAACGGCCACUGCAAGGAGCACACAGCGUUUGCAUCAUUAGAAGAAGAUGGUAUUUACACUGUAGACUUCGAGGGUACAAACUAUAUCCGGAUCCUUGGCAACAAAGACGAUAUCUUAUCAUUCUAUUGGAUCAACAAGGAUGAUAAUGGGUUAAUAACACCUGGAAUUUUAGUUGCUGGAAAAGGAGAUGUGCUGACACGCCCAGAAGUGCACAAGCUUGAAGAGGCGAAUGAAGAAAGGGGUAUUCCCAAGGAAAACAUACGCUACAUUGCUGGAACAGGGGAUAACAAUGUCAGGAGCGUUGACAACAUCAACUUCUCCAUAUUUCUUGAUCGUGGAUAUGAAGAUCCCUUCUGUUGA